AUGUUGACGGCCCCACAGUUUGCGAAGUCUACAAAGAACAUCCAAAGCACAGCACGGCAGCAGGAGGAGCAACUCAGUGAUUUAUUUGUGCUGAUUCGGCACGGUGAGCGGCAGGAUCACGUUGAUCGCACGUGGAAAGGCAACACGCUUCUCCCUUUCUACGACCCGCCUCUGUCAAACGCUGGCCGGAAGCAGAGCUUUGAGACGGCGCUCAAGUACUUUGCACUCCGGCAAGAGCGGAAGGUGGAGCAGCGCAUCCGCGGCACGUUCACGCUCUUUCUCGUUUCCCCAUUUCACCGCUGUGUCGAGACGGCAGCGGUUAUAAACGUCAUUGCGUUUGAAGGAAGACUACCAAUGUACGUGGAGCCCCUCUUGGCGGAUUGGCAGCAGCCGAAGGUCUUUCGCACCGUCCCUGUACUGGGAGGCUCGUACAUGACGAGCGGAGAGCGCAGCGUGCCCGGCGCAGAAGGCGAUCGGCUCCUUUUUCGACCACAAGUGGAAGCGCUUCGCACGACACUGAUCCCAUUCCUGAAAACGCGCGCAGCGGAGGAAACCGAGCUCCUCGCCGAGUACAAUAUCGGCGCUGAGGCGGCGAGCGGAUGGGCCACAUUGGCGGAGGAGUGGCUGAGGACGCACACCGCGCUUCCCGUCUGGACGUGCUCCGCGACGGCGAGUACCAUUGAGGCAAAGGUUGCCUCGCAGCCCGACACCGCCGGUGAGGUGCGUGCGACAAGCCGAAGGUCUGCCAAGAGCUGUCAUCCUUCUCCACCAGAUACCUUGAAUAAGGGGUAUCGCGGCUGCGGCGUGGAGCACCCUGAGGGCAAGUCUGACCUGGUCCGCCGCUGCGAGCAGCUGAUGGGCACGCACUUCCUCCGGCGUGCCGGUGCAGAGUCGGAUGCUAUGGUCCCUUUGGCAAUCCAGACAGCCGUUGCCGCGGAGCGAAGGACGCGUUUGCCCAAGUACUUUCAGAUUUGGGCAGAGCGAACAGUGGAGAGCCGCGAGUCUGCCGGGCCACCGGCGCUGUUGCCGCCGAUGCAUGUCAUGGCCAUCACCCACGCCGACGUCGUGUCCACGCUCUUGGAGGUGUGCUGCCCCAAGUAUCACGACAAAGGUGCUGGCUAUUCGGUGCCGUACUGCAGCGUCACGACGCUUCAGCGACACAACAACUACUACCGCAUCCCGACCGAAGAGGAGAGGCAACGACGAGAAGCGAGUGCCAAGACCAUUGCACCCGCCCAGAAGCACGGAAAGUACUACGCGAAGAAGAAAUUCAACAUGCUACCAUCCAGGAAUCAGCUGAUGACUCCGAGUCUAGCAAGACCACCCUCGCCGUUGCCUGUGGAGUGGAAUGUGGAGGCGGUCGGCUCCACCGACCUUCUCCGCACUCGCAUCAUGAUUCAGUACACCAAAUAG